AGUUUAGUUGUUGUGUUAUCAAUUGAAUCUUAUUUUAUAUAUAUAUAUAUAUAUUAUAAUCGUGUUCAUUGGAAAUAAUAUGGCUCAACAGUGAAUCAUGAAAUCGAGAUCCCUAGGAAAGGAUGAAGUGCUGUCCUUACUGGAUCUGAUUUCCAAGCACAAUAUAAUUACUACUAAGGCGACCAACGCCACUAAUAAUAAAUUGAAGGAAGAAGCUUGGAAAUUCAUUGCUCAAGAAUUCAGUGCAAUGACGGGAGAAAUUAAGCGCCCUGAGCAGUUACGUCUCAAGUGGGAAAAUUUGAAGAAAGCUGCCAGAAAACGUAAUGCACUCAUACGACAAAACACUAUCAAGACAGGUGGUGGAAAGACCUACAUCCCUCCAGAUGAGACACUGGACCGAAUAGCAUCCAUGCUAGGUGCAUUAUGUAGCGGGUUCACGGUGGAGUUCGGCGGUGAUAGGGAGGAACUAGUUGCAUCAGAAGUACAAAAUGCGGAAAUUUUGGACGUUCAGCCUUUAUUAGAACUUAACAAAGAUGAGAAUGAGGUGGCGGGUAGUAGUAAUUUAGAGGCUGUUGGUCAUUGGAAGCAUACUCCUAAAAAAUUUGUUUUUAACACUCCUAAAAGUGGCCAAAAUAAAAAACGAAAGCUCUCUGAGGAACUUCAGAGAGCUCAAUGUGAUAAGGAGCAAGCAAUGGCGGCUUAUUUUCGAGCCAAAGCAAAAAAGUGGAGCUUGAAACAUACAAAUUACAAUUAGAAAUAGAACAAUUAAAAAAUAGUGUUAAGUGAUAAUUGAUUUGAUGAUUAUAAUUGAUUGAUUGAUUGUGAUGUUUAUACGUAUAGUGGCACUCCUUUUUUUUCAACUUUUUAUUAAUAAAUUAUUGGGAUCUAAAA